AUGAUUGGUAGUAAUCGAAUAAUUGGCUCAAUUCUGCUGCUUUUUUAUUAAAUUGCUGACAAACAAUCUUUUUAAUUAAUAAUAAAAACCAAAAAAUUUAGAAAAGUCCUAAAAUUUGUGAAAAAUAUCAAGAAAAAAAAAAUAUUAAAGCAAUAAAUUAAUAUAUUAUCUUCCUCACACAAAUCACCAAAUCAACUCCUCACACUGCUAACUAAACUAGACAAAAUGCAAUACAUCUAGAGUCAAAACAAUUACGCCUCAUCAUAUGGCCAUUUCCCCGUUUAUACUUCAGCUUCAAGCAGAUAUUUCUAAGACAUGAAUCUAAUUCUCGAACGUAGUGAAGAGGGUGGAGCUAUUUAUUUAGGAAAUUUAGAAGCAGCUAGUAACGUAGAGUAUUUAAAGCGUCACAAUAUUGGAGCUGUCCUUACAGUUGCUGGAGGUACAGGCUUACGCUAUAAUAUCCAUGACAUUCCUAUGCAUGAAAUUAUUAAUGCUGAUGAUGCUCUUUAUUAGGACUUAUCUCAAUACUUCAGUAGAAUGAUUAACUUUAUUGAAAAUGCUCGCCAAAGAACAAAUAUUUUGAUACAUUGCUAUGCUGGUAUUUCUCGUUCAGUCACUGCACUAGUUGCUUAUUUAAUGCAAAAGAAAGGAUGGGCUUAUGAGCGUACACUUUCAUUCGUUCGUUCUAAAAGAAGCAUAGCAAAUCCCAAUCCAUCAUUUGUCAGACAGCUAAAGAAGUAUGAAGGUUAACUCAAAUUAUACUCAAGAGGCUUAAGUUCAUCAAAUAGUCACUAAGAUGUUUUGUUCGGUCAUUCAACCACCCCAACUGCUGCAAAUAGGACAAGGUAAGUUAUUGAUGAGCUCUUUGAUACUCCCAAUAAAAGGGCUGCAAGUAGCUAUGGAUCAAGAAACUCUGUUUAGAACUCUUACUAAACCUCAUAUCCUCAAGCCAAAAGUCAUAUAAAUUCAAUUUAUUCAACUUCUUCAAGUAUGAGUACAACCCUAACUUCUCACCAAUAACCUUCCGUUAGCAGAGUUUUGUUUAAUACUCCAUAAACUUAUACACCCUCCUACGCAAAGUACUCUUCUACACCUUCACCUAUAUUCUCAUCUGCCAACAAAAAUAAUUUAUAUUUAAGCAGAGUAGCUUCUUAGACUCAUUCUCGUCCUUUUUACUCUAAGAUGAUUUAUUGA